UUUCGUCGUGUUUGGUUCGCCCCUGGAGGAAGCGCUCUGAGCCCUGAAUCAAAACCAAAACAAACCAAAUCGAAAAUUACCCAAAAUAAAAAAAAACACAUUGAAAUUGAAUAUAUUGAGUUUGACAAGUGGCACUGCCUAAACAUACCACCCUCGAAAAUUUUGCUUUGAAAGUGUGCCAAAACGCGUUCGCAAACUGGGUUAUUAAAACUCAAAACUGUGCAAACCAGUGAACUGUGCUGCUGCUUACCAAUUGAAAAACCCGCCAAAAAAUUCUGACAAGUGCCAAAACGUUGCAGCGAACCCAAAUCCGCACAAGUGUUACAAGUGUGUUAAGUGCUAAAGAAACCAGCCAGUCGAGUUGCAUCCUAAGCUGCAACUUUGAUAUCGUCGCAUUUUGGCAGCGCCUGCUUCAAUUCAAUUGUCUGGUCUUCGGGCGAACACCUCACUCCACGCAGGCCAUCAAAAAAACUGCCAAAAUUCCGAAGAAUCCGAGGAAAACACCAAAAACAUCGACACGUACCGCAUCGGCAACCGGUGGCGGUGGGGGAGGUGCUGGCGGAGGCGCCACCACCAGCACGAAAAUGGCAUCUAAAAGAAAAGCCUCGGUGUUGCUGCACAAGGAAACCAUUCCGGCAACACCGGUCGUGAGCACCGACACCAGCAGCGUGGUCGGUGUGGGCGUUGGAGGCGUCGCCGGAGGAGGGGUGGGGGCUGGAGCGGGUGGCGGCGGCAGCGGAGUGGGCGGCACCGGCGGACUCCUAGGCGAGGUGGUCAGUGGACUGGGCGGAGGCCUGGUCAGCGAAUCCGAGGCGUACGCCGGCCUGAUGAAGGACGCGGACAAGCUGAAGCUGAUGCUGCUGGCCUGGAACUACCAGAACUCGACGGCGGUGCGCAAUGGAACGGAGGGUCCCGACCUGAGCGUGGUGGGCGGCCUGUGGGCGCAAUACCAGAACGCCCUGGCCCAGAAUGCCGCUGCGGCGGCGGCGGCCAGCGGCAAGAUGGACAGCUCGCUGUCACCGGUGCCGCGCCAGGAUGCCCACUCGCCCAUGGAGACGCAGGACGAGACCAACUCGUCCGGGCAGAAGGAGGAGGACGAGGUCUCCGAGGACGACUCCGACGACAAGCUGGACGAGAAACUGGCCACCACACACGAUCCCGAGCGGCUCAAGGCCUUCAAUAUGUUCGUGCGGCUGUUUGUCGAUGAGAAUCUCGAUCGCAUCAUUCCCAUCUCGAAGCAGCCCAAGGAGAAGAUCCAGGCCAUCAUCGACUCCUGCGCCCGGCAGUUCCCCGAGUUCAGCGACCGAUCCCGCAAACGCAUCCGCACCUAUCUCAAGUCCUGUCGGCGCAACAAGAAGACCCGCGAUGGAUGGGAGAAUACGACCCGACCCACUCCCGCCCAUCUGACGUCCGUGCAGGCGGAGCAAAUCCUGGCCAUCGCCUGCGAGAACGAGUCGAUGAACGCCAAGCGGAUGCGCAUCGGCCUGGAGCCCAUCACGCACGCAGUUCCCGCUCCCGGAAGUGCGGUGGCCGCAGCAGCAGCGGCAGCGGCGGCCGCUGCGGUGGUGGCUGCCACAAGUUCGGGCGCCGGCGGCACCAGCACCACCUCCGCCGGCAAUGCCACGGUGACCUGCGGCGUGGGCGACGCCGGCGGACUGACCAGCGUGGCGGCCGCCGCCCUUCCGUUCGUCAGCGCCGUCGGCUUCGCCCGCUCCACGCCCAACUCGGAGCAUGCGGAUGUCCUGCCCUUCGGAGCAGCGGGCACUGUGGGCGGCAGUGGGGGCGGUGGUGCCGCCGGCGGGGGCGGUGGCGGGAUGAGCUCGGCGCGCAGCUCUCCCCUGGCCCUCAGCUCGAAUGCCAGCGUGAGUGGCGGCGCCAGCGUCACCGGCCUGACCCUGGCCAAUGGAGCAGGUGCCUCCAACGGAGCCGGGCUCCCGGCCAGCAGUCCCUACACCACGGACUUCAGCUCCCCCUCAACGGCCUCGCCUUUCGUGGCAGCGGCUGCGGCUGUAGCCGCCGGCCGGGCUCCCAGCUAUCCCGGCUAUUUUCCUGGAGUAGCUGGCCUGGGAAAUGUUACGCCCACCGAUCUCUCGAUGAAGCCGACCAGCCUGUCCGGCGGCCUUGGUGGCAACUUGGUCAGCAACAACAACAGCAACAGCUCCGUGGCCGGCAACAUCAACUCGCAGCUUAGUGCCGCCAAUUUGGCCAGCCUGAGCAAUGCGAACAACAACAACGCACUGGUGACCGCCACCCAGCAACUGCAGCAGCUGCAGCAACAACAACAGCAGCAGCAACAGCAGCAGCAACAGCAGCAGCAGCAACAACAGCAGCAGCAACAACUCCUGGUGGCCGGCGGUGGCGGGAUGGACGGUCAGUCCGUCCGAGCGCCGCCCAUCCUGCCGCACAAGCUGAGCGCCAACGAGGUGACCGCCGCGCGGCAGGUGAUAUCCGCCUACCGCGAAAGCGCCGCCUUUCUGCUCCGCACCGCCGACCAGGUGGAGCAGCUGCUCGUCCAACAGCAGUAGGCGUGGCCCGAGGCCCUAGCGGGGUUGUUCCUAUUUUAAAUUAAAUUUAAAAUGAAUUACAAACACACUCCAGACAAAAACGAAACACAAGCCAAACUAAGCGAAAAUAGUCAAAACCAUAUAGCGCAAAACCGAAACGAAUUAACACUGGCUCACUGGAUGCAAGGCAGAACCAUGUAGUUAAAGAAGUUCGUUCAAAACAAAACAUUUUAAGUGUUUUUUCCUCCAACUACGUACAGCAUAUUUAAAAUAGAACUUAACGAUAAACAAAAACCAAAUGAAAUAUUGCAAAUAUCACAACAGUAAAAUAGUAGAGCUGCCAAGGUUAGCUGACUUGGCUCUAAGCUAAAUUCAAUAUAAACUUCACUUCCUUGAAGCUCGCAAUUUUGGUUUCCAUAGGCAUUACAAAAUAUCCACUGUAAGGAUGGUUUCAAUGGAAUUCUCUGAAACUUGUUCGUGUAUUUUUCUUCAAAUUCCUUGAAAACGAUCGACAUUAGAUACAAUUCAGAUAGCAUGGCGGCUCUAAUAAAAAUAAAACCAAGCAGCAGUUCAACGUACUACAGUGUCUACUAAAAGUAAACCUACAAUAGCCAUACACAAACACUCGCAUUGAUUUUGUUUCAACUUUUUAUUAUUGCAUAUUGUUGGACUCUCGUCCCUAGGAGAGCCGCAGAUUCCGGGCCCGUUUUUAAAGUGCGCGAUUUGUUAAAAAAUUUAAAUAUAAUAAAUAAGUUGAAGUAUUGUUGUACAUUUUAAGACAAUGGAAAAAAGGAAAAAACCAAAAAAAAAAUCGUAAAACUAUGAGAAAACACAGGGUGAUACUUUGAAAAAUUAUUACAAUGCAUAAGCUAAAAAAUUAUAAAAGAAAAUGUAAAAAAAAUUUAUGGAAAUGAAGUAAGGCAUAGAUGUUGGUAAAUGUGUAUUUAACGUUUAGAAAUUACAUUUGUAUACUGUUUCCAGGAUUUAUCGUUCUUGAUUACUAUCAAUUGAGUUUUAUUUCUGAUUUCCUUUUUAUUAAGUGUAUAUAAUUUUCAAGUUUAUACUGAGAAAUUUUAAGUUCAACUGUUGCUUUUGACUCACAUUCGAUUAUUAAAUAGAUACGGAAUAAAAUAUUUAAAUACAAAAUAGCCAUUCAUGUUUUUUGCAAAUAUAAAUGUGCAUGUAAAAAUAAGAGAACACUUACACAAAACACAAAGAAACACAUGGAACAUCGGUAUGUAUGAGAACCGCUAUGCAAGGCAAAUUAUAGAAUUUAAUUAUAUAAAUUAAUUGAUAAAAUUAUUUAACCACAAAUAAUUAUUGACUAAACCUAAAUAAAUACUCCAAACGAACUUGAUAAACGGCUUGCAAGGCAGGAGAAUAUUUAUACUUAAAUAUAAUGUAAUAUGUGGCAUUUGCAUUGAUGAGUAAACUAAUUAAACUAACACGAGGGCAACACAAGUGAAACAAGACAUUUUAAAAAUCGAAUUAAUAAAGAAUUUAUGAGAAUUAUAUGUACAUUAAA